AUGGAGAUUUUCUUGCGGCUCUCACCAGAGUGUCUCAUGCGUUUCACAUCUGUUGGCAAAUCAUGGUAUGAUCUCAUAAACGAUCUUGAAUUUGCAGUCAAACAUUUGAUGUUUUCUGUGCAACAACAAAACCUUCCGGAUGCAUCCCCCACUAUUAUUUUCAAGCGCCUUGUGUCGAAGGACUCUGAGACGAAACAAAACAUAUUGUCCUUUCUCACACUUUCCAACAAUGAUGUUGAUGACAGUGGAUCUAUUGUGGACAUCGAUGUACCAUUCUUUGAGAAUUGCGUAGCUAUGGAUUUCAAGGGUCAUUCUCAUGGUUUAGUAUGUUUGUCCCAGCUUGGGAAUACUUCUUUCUAUUGGCUAUAUAUCUUUACAAUGCCAGUUCAAGCUAUCUUCUGUCUCGAGCAAGAAAAGGUAUGCGCAAGUGCAGUAGUUCAAGGCAGGCAG